CGUUGCCUUGUGAAUCAAGCGCCAUAGUCACCGUAGUCCUGGCGACUGUUACCCAUCAACAACAACGGCUCCUUUCCUCCUCCACCACCUCCUCCUGCUGCUGCUGCUCCUCCUCACCCCCAUCCUCACCCCUUUCCUCAUCAUCACCCACAACAACCACCACCACCUCCACCAGCAAGAGCAACACCACUACAGCCCUCCACAGCCCAGAAACAAUAAUGCAGACAUCAGAGACUGGUUCGGACACAGGUUCGACAGUGACUUUACAGACUUCUGUUGCUGGCCAAGCAGCCGUGCCGACCCAGGUGGUACAGCAGUUACCAGUGCAACAACAGGUUCAGCAAGUGCAAACUGUACAACAGGUUCAGCAUGUAUACCCAACGCAGGUGCAGUAUGUGGAGGGAAGUGACACAGUCUACACAAAUGGAGCUAUACGAACAACAACGUAUCCUUACACAGAAACUCAGAUGUACAGCCAAAACACUGGAGGGAAUUACUUUGAUACCCAAGGAAGUUCUGCACAGGUGACAACAGUUGUCUCUUCUCACAGUAUGGUGGGCACUGGAGGCAUUCAGAUGGGUGUCACUGGAGGUCAGCUUAUCAGCAGCACUGGAGGUACCUACCUGAUUGGCAAUUCAAUGGAAAACUCUGGCCAUUCAGUGACUCACACAACACGAGCUUCCCCAGCUACAAUUGAAAUGGCGAUUGAGACACUGCAAAAGUCUGAUGGUCUGUCCACUCACAGAAGCUCUCUUCUCAACAGCCAUCUCCAGUGGCUUUUAGACAACUAUGAAACAGCAGAAGGAGUGAGUCUCCCCAGAAGUACCCUCUACAACCACUAUUUGAGACAUUGUCAGGAGCAUAAAUUGGACCCAGUCAAUGCUGCCUCUUUUGGAAAACUGAUAAGGUCAAUUUUCAUGGGCCUACGAACCAGAAGACUGGGAACCAGGGGGAAUUCCAAAUAUCAUUACUAUGGGAUUCGUGUCAAGCCGGACUCGCCUCUUAAUCGGCUACAAGAGGACAUGCAAUAUAUGGCUAUGAGACAGCAACCCAUGCAGCAGAAACAAAGGUACAAGCCUAUGCAGAAAGUGGAUGGAGUCACAGACGGUUUCACAACAAGUGGUCAGCAGACAGGCACAUCUGUUGAACAAACUGUAAUUGCCCAAAGUCAGCAUCACCAACAAUUUUUGGAUGCAUCUCGAGCACUUCCAGAGUUCGGAGAAGUUGAAAUCUCUUCUCUGCCAGAUGGUACUACUUUUGAGGAUAUUAAGUCAUUGCAGAGUCUCUAUCGAGAGCACUGUGAGGCAAUAUUGGAUGUUGUAGUAAACCUUCAGUUUAGCCUAAUAGAAAAAUUGUGGCAGACUUUCUGGCGCUAUUCUCCUUCAACAACAACCGAUGGCACUACUAUUACUGAACCAAGCAAUCUGAGUGAAAUAGAAAGUCGACUUCCGAAAGCAAAGCUGAUUACUCUGUGCAAAAAUGAGUCAAUUCUGAAAUGGAUGUGUAACUGUGACCAUGUGAUGUACCAGGCUUUGGUGGAGAUUCUCAUUCCUGACGUCCUUAGACCUAUUCCUAGUGCCUUGACCCAAGCCAUUCGCAAUUUUGCAAAAAGCCUUGAAGGUUGGCUUUCCAAUGCCAUGAACAAUAUUCCACAGAGAAUGAUUCAAACCAAGGUUGCCGCUGUAAGUGCCUUUGCUCAGACUCUGCGAAGAUACACAUCUCUUAACCAUCUGGCUCAGGCAGCUCGUGCUGUGCUGCAGAACACUUCUCAAAUCAACCAGAUGCUCAAUGACCUCAACCGUGUUGAUUUUGCCAAUGUCCAGGAGCAGGCUUCCUGGGUGUGCCAGUGUGAUGACAAUAUGGUACAGAGGUUGGAAACAGAUUUCAAGAUGACUCUUCAGCAGCAGAGCACUCUGGAGCAGUGGGCUGCCUGGCUUGAUAAUGUAAUGAUGCAAGCACUGAAACCGUAUGAAGGAAGGCCUAGUUUUCCUAAAGCAGCACGUCAAUUUCUGUUAAAGUGGUCUUUCUACAGCUCAAUGGUUAUUCGAGAUUUAACCUUGCGCAGUGCUGCUAGCUUUGGUUCUUUUCAUCUGAUCCGUCUAUUGUAUGAUGAAUACAUGUUUUACUUAGUUGAACAUCGUGUUGCUCAAGCUACAGGAGAGACACCUAUUGCAGUUAUGGGAGAAUUUGGUGAUUUAAAUGCUGUUUCUCCUGGAAAUAUGGACAAAGAUGAGGGCAGUGAAGUUGAAAGUGAAAUAGAUGAAGAGCUGGAUGAAUCUGGAGAGCCACAAGCAAAGAGAGAGAAGACUGAAAUUAGCCAGGCCUUUCAGGUUGGCUGCCUGCAGCCUGUACUUGAGAGUGGAGUACAGCAGAACCUCCUCAACCCUCUUCACAAUGAGCACAUUGUUACAGCUACUCAAACUAUCAGACAAUGCAGUGCUACUGGAAAUACAUAUACUGCAGUCUAACAAAUAUUAAAGCUUCUUUUUUCCAGAUUAUAUUAGCCCUGUUAAUGUUGGGCUUAUCAUGGGGGAGGGAAGGGAUGCAAAGAAGAAAUCUGAAGGUCAACCGUUGUCAAAUUUUAUCAGUGCUUGAACAUUACUUUUACUGGAGUUGUAAAAUGGAAUGGGUGUAUGUAUUUUGCCAGGUCUCUUUUGGAAGAAAAAAAAAGGUAAAUACAAUCAUUUUACACUGGCCGCUUAAUAUAAAGAGUUUUCUUAGUUUCAAGAGUCAAAGCAUUUUUGCGAAGCUUAAUGUUAAUGUUUUGUCCUCUUUAUAAUUAAAAGUAAUUUAAUUUUUCAUAGUUUUUACAGAAUAUUUUAAUGUUAACUGUUAGUCAUGGUGAUUUCGUAUAAAUAGGGUUUUAAUUAAUUGCACUCUGAAAUAUCAAGAAUUUUCCUCUUUGAUUUACACUGGAGGCAUUUUCAUUUGAUAGCAGCUGCAUUAAAAUUGUUAUGAAAAGGCAGCUUUCAUUGGAGAGGACUGGAAGAUGCUAUUUUGAUACAUUUCAGAGUGUUCAGGGGAUAUAUUAGAAAAUUUAUUAUAAUCCUAGAGAACAUAGACUGUCUUCUUUCUCAGAGGAGGAGCAAUUCUCACAGUUGCAGGAUAAAUGAGAGCUCUGAUCGCAUGUGGUAAUGUGUACUUAAUAAAUGUACAUAUGACACCAUUACAGUCAAUGCAAGCUUCCUUAAAAAAAAGAAUCAUUUUUAAUUAUUUGCAUACCAACUUCUCUCUUUUAAGACUACUGAUUUCAGGUAUAGUCUGCCCAAACAACCGACUCUGUGCAGUCUCCAUUCAUUUCAGUAGAGCUUGCACAAGAUUCAAACCAAACCAUCUUGAGAUUCAAACCAUUUAAAUGAGUGGAGGUUGUGUUACAGUUGUGCUUGGUGGAUUAUGCACCUCAUAUACAUAUGGGACCACUACCCAGAUGCUUUCUGCUCUUCAGUGGGACUGUAGAUGUUAGUUACUGAAGCUAAAAAAAAAAAAGCAUCUUGAUUAUUUUUUUUAAGUGUACGUGCUACUUGUUUUGAACUGGACAUGCAGGAAACCAUUCCUUUCAGAUGACUUUUUUUAUUCCAUGUCCUUUUCCUCGUGAUAGUUCAAUCUGCUGCUCUUGUUAAAGAUAGUUUAUAGGAUGCAAGGAAUGUAGCAACCUGCAUUGUAAUUUUGCUCAAAAUAAUUCCUGGUUCUUAAGUGGAUUUCAUUUUAUACAAAAAUGUUUAAAAGGCAGUGAAACUGGCACAUGUCACUUGUACUUAUUUCCCAAUUGCGUAGAAUUUGAAUAGGUGGCUAGAUGGACCAUUGCCAUUUAAGAAUGUACAUCAGGGAUCAUUGUACCUCGGCUAUUACAUGGUGCCUUAAACAGAACUGAAGCUAAGAUUUUCUUGUUAAUAACUCUUACAUUGAUUCAACAAAGUGUGCCUGUCUUCUUUCUUUCUCCCCUCCUCCCUUCAAAUUCCCUAAACAGUAAGGGCAGGUCACAUUAUGUUCAAAAAUCAAGAUUUUUUUUGUAUUUAUUAGAUACACUAUCCUUCUUAAGAGUGACAGCCUAUUUCUUCUUUAUAGCUGAAUUUCACUUUAUUACUAAUCAGAUUUUCUUGGUGGGGGAGGGGAGUGUAUGAAAAACAAAACUAGCUUUAACAAUGUCAAAGGUCAACAAAAUAGGUUAGCCAAUUUCCAAACAAGAAUUUAUAUAUAUUUCUUAAACCCUUACCUACUUUUAAUUUUUAAAAAGUAAAGUAAUCAAAACUUUUUAAAGCAGCAUAUAGUUACAAUUUGUGCAUAUGGUGUGUGUGGGGGGGGUCAGUCUGCUAUUUCAUUGAAUGUUUAAAUCUUACUAUGUUUUCUUUUUAUUCUGAUGACCUGUUACAGGUAUACUGGAAAAACAUUUCAUUGGUUUAAAAGAUACCUGAAAUUCCUUAGUUUGAUCAAAACAAACCAAAAAUGAAGGAAAGCACAAAGAAAAUCUACUAUAGCAAAGCCCAUAUAAAAUAUUAGGGGCUUUGUUUGUCAUUUGUCUGAAAGAUUAUCUUUAGGUUACAGUCACCAAAUGCUUGAACAGCAGGUGGAAUAUUGGUGUAUUUAUAGCACACAGGUUUGAUGCUAGGUUUUUCAUGUUUCAAAAAUUUCUAAGGAUUUAUUAAUUUUUUUAUUUGACAUUUCUACUUCUAAACUAAGCUUUAUCAAUUUUCUUAAAGUUGCAGAAUCUGACCCCCAUGGGCAGUGGGGCUAAGCUCUAGGUAUUGUGCCUAGUAAGUCUUGUCACAUUGUUUACUUUAACUUAUGCUGAUAUUAUAUUACAUUAUCAUUCUGUUCAUUCUGUUAUUUAAAUAUGUUCUCCCCCACUCAAAAUCCAUCACGUCUGUAGCCCUCACCAUUUUUUAAAAAUCUAAGCUGUGAUACUUACUCCCUCUCAUUGUGCAUUAUGAAAUGUUUACACUUAAAUACAGUGAAAUUAAAUAUAAAAACAAAGAAACACUUUUCAGCAUAGUUUUUUAAGGCUCUAGUAAGAAGAUUCUGUAUUAGAUUAGAUUUAUUUACUGAUAUAAUCCUUUGAGAUGGCAAACUUGUAUGUUUUCUUAUCAUUGUCUUUUCAUUAUUAAUGUUGGAUUUUUUUCAUGCAGCGAAAUGACAAAGAUGCAGAUUUAGUUUUCUGAGAGAGACAGGGCUUGUAAACCCUCUAUAAUUCAACUCUUUAUCCCCCACCCACUCCGGGUUGAUCACUGUAUUCAAGGUGCCAAAAAGAUUAAUACAUAAUUGUACUUCAAGUGAAAUCCUGAUACAAAGGUAAUAUUCUGGUCUGCAACAGAGCCAUGUAAACAAGAUGGAUCUUAGCAGCCAGAUAUUGCCCAAAUGUCAUCCAAAAAUGCUCCCAUACAUUGAUGAUAAAUUCGAAUAGCAGUUUUGGUUAUCCAGAAUUUAUCACUUAAUUAAAUUGCAGUUGAUAAUUUCUGCUUUUAUGUUUGAUUUAUUGUGAACAACUGGUAGACCUAACAAAUCAUAUGGGUCCACUGACCUGCAUUGUCCCAACAGGCUCUGCAACUUAAUCAGUAAGCCACAUCUCUGUAGGUAGCUUUCUGACACUGUACUACUUGUGCCUAUACACUUGCACCAUUCCUUGCAAAAUGUGAUGUAUUUGAUGCAUAAGGGCUGGGACCCAAAGAUUCCCAUGCAUGUGUCCAAGUGCAUCUGGGCUCUCCCACAUUUCUCCAACUAUAGGUCUUUGUACUUUGGAUGUUGCACCAGAGGUCUCCUGAUUUUUAGUGAAGAAGGAGGCUCAGGAAUCUCUGGCAUAUGCACAGGUGCUCCCCACAUAAUCCUCUGAAUCAUAAGAAUGAUCUUAAACAAAACAAUCAAUUUGUCUAUCGUACACAGCAUAAAUAUCGAAGUUACGUGUGCAGCACUGAGAUUACUCACUUUUGACAGCACUGCAGGAAAAUAGACUCAUAAGAUUUGUAGGCCAUCUUUCUUUACAAGUUGGUUUCAAGAAUAAUAAUGCUUAUAAUUAAGACUUUUUGGCUUUUGAACAAAUAAUGCAGUGAUCAAUGUAGAUCAUACUCUUGAAACUUCUUACUCAGAUGCAGGGCCCCCUCUUCAUAAGCUCUUAAUGCAAAAUAGUUGGUGCUGUCACUUUAAACUAACAAAUGUUUGUACCGUCUUGUCGAAAUUCUUUGCUUUGUGCUUAUUUUUGUAUUACGACUUGGAAUUACAACACUACUUUAGAAAUCAAUCACCUUUUUUAAAAGUUACCCGUGUGCAAUGUUACCACAUUUGGUUCACCAUGGGUGGUGAUAAUUGAAACAGUACUGAUGGUACCGUCAUUCAGGAAUGUACAGAUCUACAUACAAUUUCUUUAAUUUAAAACGAGGUAUUUGUAAACAUUGGAAACACUUUUCUCAAAUUAUUUUCACUGAAACAUUAAUAUCUGCAUAGUUUUCACAAGACAAACAAGAAAAUAGAUUAACAUGACAUUAAUGAAACCUAAUUUCAAUAAUGGAAUAGUUUUAUAAAAGGAUUACCCAAAGGGUUUUUUUAACUUGCAUAUAACACUAAUUUCAGAAUAUAUAACAGUGAUUUAUGAGAGUAGUACCAGUUCGUGAAAAUUGGGCCCUUAUUCCUUCAUUACAGGUCACUCUUUUGUAUAUAUGGUUAAAAAUAGUUAAAAGGAAGGGGAAUGUUAGGACUGUUGUUUGGUGACUGAAGAAAACUGGAACAGAAGCAUCAAUUCAGUGCUUAGGUCUAGUGUUAGAAAAUUCUUUUGAUGGUAAUACUUUGCAUUUAACCCUUUGAGCAUUGUAAGUUAACAUGAUUGGUAUAAUAUUUAAGAGAGCACUAACAGGAUUAUGAGUGCAGUGUGCCCACCUUCAGCAACAGCAAUCUGAUAUAAUGAAUACUAUGUGUCCAGCUUUGCAGUGGAACAAGUCCUAAGAACCUUGAGAAAAAAUAAGUUGUGCUCUACUUCAAAGACCACUGAAUACCCCUUGAGCCCUGCUAAAGCAAUUGCAGUUUGUUUGUUUGCUUUUUGUCAUACAUUGCAUUGAAUCUAGACUUCGAUCCAACACAUGUCUACUCAGAAGUAAGCUCCAUUGGGUUCAGUGGGACUUACUUCUGUGUGUGUUGGAUUGCAGCCUUAGUCAUUUUUAGAGUAGACCCGUUGAAAUCACUGGGACACUUAACCUUCUCAUAAUUUCAAUAGGCCUUUGCAAAGCAUGACUGUGUUCAGAUCCAACCCAACUUUGCACAUAUAUGUGCAAAACCCCAGGCCUGUCAUAGGAAGCUGCCUUUUAUUGAGUCAGACCAUUCAUCCAUCUAGCCCAGUAUUGUCCACACUGAUUGGCAGCAGCUCCCCAAUGUUUGGGGCAGGGGUCAUUCCCAGCUCAUUCUGGCGAUGUCAGGGAUUGAACAUGAGACCUUCUGCAUGCAAAGCAAAUGGUCUGCUAGUGAGCUAUGGCUCUUCUCCAUUAAAAGACAUUUUAUUCAUCAAAUAUCUGUAU